CCUCACGGCCUGUCGAUACCGAGACAGCAAGCUCGACCUCUACUCGUUUUGAGGCACGAAGACCGUCAGUGUACACAGCGAGCUGGACAACGCAUGUCCAUCACUCCUCAGCUUGAAGCUCCUCUUUCAAGAUGUUCGUUCCACUUCUGUUCUUCGCCGGUCUGGUCACUGCCAUUCCUGCGCCAGCUCCUGCUGCUGCUGGAUACCGCUUCCUCGGUCGUGUCGAUCCAACUACCAAGGAGCUCACUUGGCCAGGUACUGGCGUAUCGUUCACGUUCAAGGGAACUUCUGCCACCAUCAAUCUUGCCAACGUAGUCGGCGACAAUAGCUUUGACCUAAUUGUCGAUGGCAAAGUACCCAAAGAAAUCGCCAAGGUCGUCAACACCACCAUCUCCACGCCCAAGCUCGCAAAAGGCACCCAUUCCGUCGUCCUUCGUAGACGUUCCGAGACAGCCCUCGGAACAGUCUCCGUCAACACCGUCACCACCGAUGGCACCUUCGUCGCCGAAAAGCCUUUGACCCGCCAGAUCGAAAUUAUUGGCGACUCUAUCACCGUCGGCUACGGCCUUGACGGCACGAACCCCUGCACUAACAACGCCGCCGUGACCGACAACCCCAAAACCUAUGGCGUGCUCGCAGCUAACGCACUCAAUGCAGACUACAACGUUAUCGCCUGGAGCGGCAAAGGCCUCGUCCGCAACAUCGCCACAGGAACUACAGACAUCAGCCCUCUGAUCCCAGAACUAUACACCCGCUACGGCGCCAACGAUGCCAGCGGCAGUUACCCCUUUCCCUCCUCUUGGAAGCCCAGCGCCGUAGUCAUCAACCUAGGUACCAACGACUGGUCCUACCUCGGUUUCAACGCAACCGGCCAGUCCUACGUCGCGCGCGAAGUCCUCAGCCCAGCAACCUUCACAGCCGGGCUCGUCAAGUUUGUCAAGCAAAUCCAGACGCAUUAUCCCACGGUGCAGUUCUUCCUACUCAACAGCCCCAUGCUAAGUGACUCUUAUCCGACGGCGGCGGAUGCGCAAAAAACGAAUCAGACUAAGGCGGUGAAGGAUGCGGUCAAGCAGUUGGGUGCCAAGGCGCAUUUUGUGGAUUGGCCGACGCAAGGGAGUGAGGUUGGGUGUGAUUAUCAUCCCAAUGCGGCGACGCACGCAGCAGAGGGGAAGGUGUUGACUGCUGCUAUUAAGGCUGCGUUGGGUUGGUGAAG